AUGCUCAGUCAACAGUCAACAAAACAUGAGAAGGUCCAAUAUCAACAUCCAUGCCUAUACAAAACCACACAGACUUUCUUCUCCUGUAUUGUCCUUUCUUCUCCUUCAACCCCGUCUUCCCUCCAUUCGCAGCCCGCAUAUGCUCAUUCUUCGAUUCGCAGCAGCUCAAGCCAAUCAAGCUUCCAGACGGACACCGCAACCUUCCAAACAGCUUCAACUCCUUCACCUUCACCUUCACCUUCACCUUCACCUUCACCUUCACCUUCACCACCACCCCAAAUCCCCCCACCACCCCCAACGAGCAGCCAUGGCCACCCUCGGCGCACACUCAAAGAAGCACAAGGUCACCGUCGUAGGAUCUGGGGCUCCACAAUCGCCAAAAUCGUCGCCGAAAACACCAGAGCGCAUCCGGACCUCUUCCAGACAGAUGUACAGAUGUGGGUGUUCGAAGAGGAGGUGACUAUCGCCAAAGACUCCAAACACUACGACCUCUCCAAGGGCGAUACUCCGCAAAAGCUCACUGAGAUAAUCAAUACCUUCCACGAAAACGUCAAGUAUCUCCCUAACAUCACCCUCCCAUCCAACAUCAUCGCCAACCCUUCCCUCGUCGACGCCGCGAAGGACUCCUCGAUCCUGAUCUUCAACCUUCCUCACCAGUUCAUCGGCCGCAUCUCCAAGCAGCUCGAAGGCAACAUCCUACCCUUCGCCCGUGGCAUCUCCUGCAUCAAAGGUGUGAACGUUACUUCCUCCGAAAUUUCCCUCUUUUCAGAAUGGAUUGGCGAGGGACUGGGUAUCUACUGCGGCGCCCUCUCUGGCGCGAACAUUGCCAAUGAGAUUGCACAAGAGAAGUGGUGUGAGACGACCAUCGCAUACGAUCCUCCGCCUGUCGACUCGCGCGUCACGACACCCGCUGGCCCUUCGCCUUCCUCCUCGUCUAUCAACCUUACCAUUACGCCGGUGGAUGAGCCGCACAGAGAUGUGCUGGGACGGGUGAGCAAGAUCAAGCUGAAGGCUGUGCCGGCCCAGUACCCACCCCUCGACCACGCCCUGUUCAGAACGCUGUUCCACAGACCAUAUUUCCACGUUCGCAUGGUAUCAGACGUAGCAGGCGUCUCUCUCGGGGGAGCAUUAAAGAACAUUGUUGCUCUCGCAGCCGGGUUCGUGGAAGGCAGAGGGUGGGGAGACAAUGCCAAGGCCGCAGUAAUGCGAGUCGGACUGUUGGAAAUGGUUAAAUUCGGCAAAGAGUUUUUCGGGCAGACGGUGCAUGCGGGAACGUUUACAGAGGAGAGCUGUGGCGUCGCAGAUAUGAUCACCAGUUGCAGCGGAGGCAGGAAUUUCAGAUGCGCCAAGAUGGCUAUCGAGAAGGGUAUCAGUGUGGACGAGGUAGAGAAGUUGGAGCUAAAUGGGCAGAAGUUGCAGGGAACCAGUACUGCAAAGGAAGUGAACAGCUUUUUAAAGUCCCAGGGACGGGAGGAUGAAUAUCCGCUGUUCAAGGCGGUUCUCGAUAUUUUGGAGGGUCAGAAAACAGUUGAUGAUAUCCCCGCCUUGUUGGCGCGCGCCGACGGUGACUAG